AUUGCAAAGGUCAUUGAACAAAAAUUUAAACUAUGAGACGAUUCAAUCUUGGUAUAAUCAAACUAUAAUAUAGCCCAUUAUCAACCAUUGCUUCAACAAUAGUGCAGUAUGGAGUUAUCGUAUGAUAAUCUAUUGACCGUACUAACUAUUGCUAGUGGUUCAGAAAGAAAUCUAGGUCAAAAAAAUGGUGAAGAUCAAUUAAAAGCUUGGGAAAUCCAACCAGGCUACCAUCAUUCAUUACAAGAAAUCUAUCUUAAAGUAGAUAUACCUUUACAGAUUAGAUGGUUGGCUAUCAUUUGCUUUAAGAAUGGGAUUGAUAAAUAUUGGAGAGCCUCCCGACAAUAUUCUAUUUCAAAACAAGAAAAGGAACAGAUUAAAUCUCGAGUGUUUCAUUUAUUAAGUGAACAGAAUAAUCAAUUAACUAUCCAAAAUGCUCAUUCUAUAGGUAGAAUUGCCAGAUUUGAUUUCCCUAGUGAUUGGCCAACAUUAUUCGAUGAUAUGGCUAAGAGCUUGGAAGAAUUUGUGUUCAAAUCCAAUGAUUUAAUUUCUACAAAUAAUAUGUUAAUCAUUUUAAACAGAACUAUUAAAACCAUCUCAAUGGUUAGAAUUGGUAGAUCAAGGCAUGCAUUACAAUCAAAAGCUCCAUUAAUCACUAAUAUUUUAAUCAAAUUAUAUCAAAAGUUCUUUCAAACCUGGACUCAAACCAUGGAUCUUUCCUUAAUGGAAGUAUGUUAUCUUUGUUUGAAAUGUUUAAGAAGAAUCAUACCAGAAGGUUAUGAACAACCUCAUAAAAAUCAAGAUGUAGUGGAGUUUUUGGGCAUAACAGUGGAUCAUUUACAAUUAUUAAUUGAUAAUCAUGAUAAAUAUUCAUCAGAUCUCUUAGAAAGAUAUGUCAAAUGUUAUUGUAAAUUAUAUGUUUCAUUAAUUACCAUUAAUCCAACUAGUUUCAUACUAUUACCAGGAUGUCAAAAGAUAUUAACUACAUUCACUUCCUUGUUGUAUCAAAAGGCAGAAUAUAUCUAUAAUAGUUCAGAAGAGAAUGAUUUCUGGGAAAUAUUGGCCUUAAAGGCAUUUAGCAUAUAUAAACAUCUUAUUGGAUAUAUCUAUAAAAAGGGUGCUGUAACUUUAAAGCAAAAGAAUGAUAAAUUUGAAGUCAGUAAUAGUUUGGGUAAAUUAACGUCCGAAUUCUUCACUCCAGAUUUCAUUAAACAAUUCUGUGAUUUGAUUAUAACAUGGUAUCUUCGAUUAAAACCAUCUGAUUUAGAAAGUUGGUCACUUGAACCUGAAGAAUGGUGUAAUGAAGAAUUAUCAAGUCAAUGGGAAUAUCAAAUCAGACCAUGUGCAGAGAAUUUCUUUCAAGAUUUGAUUAAAUACUUUAAAGAUGAUUUAACUGAAUUCAUCUUAAAUAAAAUUUCAAAUGGAUUAAUGGAAAAUGAUUCAGUAGAUAAGAUUCUCAUUAAGGAUUCUAUACUAUGUACUUUCCAAUUAUCCUCAUUCUCCAUUGCUAAUAAUGUCAAUUUUGAUAAAUUAUUAGUGGAUGUAUUCAUACCGGAAGGUUUAAAAUCUGAUUUGGUUGAAAAUAAGAUUUUAAAAAGAAGAAUAUGUCUAAUUAUAAAUGAAUGGGUUGGUAUUCAAUGUUCUCGUGAAAGUAGAGUGGAGAUUUAUAAACUAUUACUUAACUUUGUUCAAUCAAGUAAUGAUAGAGUUGUUAAAUUCUCAGCUAUACAAACUCUCAGAACUAUUGUUGAUGAUUGGGAUUUCAAUAAGAAUGAUUUCCAACCAUUUUUAAAUUCAUUUGUUAAUCUUUUAUUAAGUUUAUUAGAUGAAUUGACGUUAACAGAAUCAAAACUUUAUAUCUUCAAUACUCUUGCCGUAUUGAUUCAAAGAUGUAAUCCAUUGGUAGAUCAUCAAACUUUGAUAAGUAUCUUAAUGGUGGUUCCAAAAUAUUGGGAAUUCAGUACAGUAAAUAAUGAACAAAUCUUAAAGAAUUCCUUAUUAAGAGUAUUAAAGAGUUUAACCAUAUCAUUAAAUGAAAAUUCAAUUGAGACUCAUAAUAUUUCAAUUCCAUUAAUUCGUAAUUGUUGUGGUUCAGAUUCAAAUGAUUUAUACACCUUAUUAUCGGAAGAUGGAUAUGAAUUAUGGAUGGCAUUAUUACAGUAUUGUCCUCAAACUAAUCUUAAUGAUCCUCAAAUAUUAGGAUUAUUUGAACUGAUUUCAAUUGGUCUUACCAAUUCAACUGAAAUCUUACCUACCAUUCUUUCCAUUAUUAGAAGUUAUUCAUUAUAUUCUCCUUCAUUAUUUUAUUCUGAAGUAGGACAAGGAAUCUUAAAGAUUCUUGGAGAGUAUUUACCAACCAUGAGGGACGAUGCAUUUCAAAUAUUCAUUUCAUUAAUGGACAUUUUAGUAUUAGAAAAUGCUCAAUCAGAACAAUUUAUUACAAAUUUAGUUAACAGUGGAUUAUUUUCCCUGAUGAUUCUGUAUGUAUUAGACGAUAAUCAAUCUAUUAUAUCAGCUUCAAAGUUAUUUAUUAUACUUUCGAGAUUGGGCCAUGCUUCCCCUGAAGUAUUUUUCAAGUUAUUGGAAUAUUAUCCAUCAAUUGAUAUAAGUCAAUUGUUAAAAGUUUGGUUACAAUAUUUCAAAUCCAUUGGAAAUCCUCGUAAUAAGAAGAUCAACUUAUUAGCAUUAUUAUCGUUAAUUACUUACGGUAUACCCAAAAACAUAGCCAUAGUUUUAGAAAUCUAUUCUGAAGUUAUCAGAAAAACAUUCUUAUUUUUGGAAGAGGUGAAUGAAACCACCGAAGGAAUAUGUGAUGCAUAUAAGCAAGACUUCACAUAUGAAGAUCUUGAUGAAUAUUCCUACCUCGACACAGACAUUAAACCCCACGGUGAAAAGAUCAGAUUUGAAGUUUUGAUUGAAAGAUCUGAUCCAGUUUAUAAAGUCAAUCUUAAAUCGUUUUUAAAGGACUCGAUCAUUCAAUUGAAAUCACAACUACUGGACUCUGAUUUCAAUCAAUUGAUGACUUUGAACGAUGAAUAUAGCAUAGAUAAGUUAAAGACUUUAAUUUAGUCUACCUCUGAAUAAAUUUAAUCAGUAAUUAUUAUACCUUAGUUUUGUAGAAGUUGCAAUUUUAUCCUUUAUACUGCAAAAAACAAGCCUAUCUUUGAGGCGUGGAUGUUUUGUUGAUUUUUUUUUUGUGGGUUGGUCAAACUGGAAAUUAUCAGAACGAUAAUUUUUUGGUGGCAAUCAGAAUUUAACCAAAUUGAUUUUAUAUUGCAAAGUUCACCAAUUGCAGUUAUAAUUAGAUACAACUAACAAGCAAGCAUGUUUAGAAACAAUUAUGAUAAUGACUCUGUCACAUAUUCUCCAACAGGGAGAUUAUUCCAAGUUGAAUAUGCGUUGGAAGCCAUUAAACAAGGAAGUGCAGCUGUUGGAUUAGUAUCCAAGAGUCAUGUUGUAUUGGCAGCAUUGAAACGUAAUGCUGAGGAA